AACAAUCUCCUCGAGGCUCGAAUAUCAUUUCUAAUUUUUUUUUUUGGAAAUAUUAAGUUUUUAAACUGAAAAACAAAAGUGGAAGAAAGAGAAGAGGAGGGUUUGAGUUUGGAAUAUCAUGAAAAUGCUUUUUAGCUGCAACAUUUAUGCCAUUCCCGAUUUGUAUUGAUUUGAUUUUGAUUUUGAUUUUUUGAUGGCCAUAAGGCCCUUCCAAUUCCAAUCUUCCACCUUCUCCCGCGACACUUUCCUUUCUCUUUUCCGCACUUACCACCAUCUUCAUCUUCCUUCUUCUUCUUCCUCCUCUUUCCCCACUCUCCCCUCCAUUUUCCUCCUCCGCAGCUUCGCCGCCUCCGCGCCAUCUUCAUUCUCUCGCCGCAACCGCUCUCAUCCUCCUCCUCCUCCACCACCACCACCACCUGACACCCUGGCGCAGAAGAUUGGAAAGUCCACUCGCCGCCCCGGCGCCACCUCCAAGGCCAGGAUUUAUGCCGAUAUCAACGUCGUCCGUCCCAAGGAAUAUUGGGACUAUGAAAAUCUCACCGUCCAGUGGGGGGAGCAAGAUGACUACGAGGUUGUGAGGAAGGUGGGAAGAGGGAAAUACAGUGAGGUCUUCGAGGGCGUUCACUCCACCGAUAAUGAAAAAUGCAUCAUCAAGAUCCUCAAACCCGUCAAGAAGAAAAAGAUAAAGAGGGAGAUCAAAAUAUUGCAAAAUCUCUGUGGAGGUCCCAAUGUUAUAAAGCUGCUUGACAUUGUUAGGGACCAGCAAUCAAAGACCCCAAGCCUUAUAUUUGAAUAUGUCAAUAACACUGAUUUUAAAGUGCUCUACCCCACCCUGUCAGAUUAUGAUAUCCGAUAUUAUAUCUAUGAACUUCUAAAGGCACUGGAUUAUUGCCACUCUCAAGGAAUCAUGCAUCGGGAUGUAAAGCCGCAUAAUGUAAUGAUUGAUCAUGAGCAGCGGAAGCUUCGCCUAAUAGAUUGGGGGCUUGCAGAGUUUUAUCAUCCUGGGAAAGAAUAUAAUGUCCGCGUUGCCUCCAGAUAUUUCAAAGGUCCUGAACUUCUUGUUGAUCUUCAGGACUAUGAUUACUCUCUUGAUUUAUGGAGUCUUGGUUGUAUGUUUGCUGGAAUGAUUUUUCGUAAGGAGCCAUUCUUUUACGGACAUGAUAACUAUGAUCAACUAGCCAAAAUAGUUAAGGUACUUGGAACUGAUGAAUUAAAUGCGUAUCUGAACAAGUACCGCAUAGAGUUGGACCCAAAUCUAGCAGCACUUGUUGGGAGGUAUGCUCGAAAGCCAUGGUCAAAGUUUAUUAGUGUAGAAAACCAACACUUGGCAGUUCCUGAGGCUAUUGACUUUGUUGACAAGUUACUGCGGUAUGAUCACCAAGAUCGACCCACUGCAAAAGAAGCCAUGGCCCACCCUUACUUCAAUCCAGUUAGAAAUGCUGAAAGCAGCAGAACUCAUACACAUUGAUGCUUGUUCCUCCUCUGUUUGGCUAACCUCUUAAAGUCUGGUGGAGCAUGAUUUAAGGAGAUUCUCCGUUACCCUGUUGUAUAACUCAGGUUACCUAAUAUCCUAUUUUCAUUUUUAUUCUUUCUUUCUAUUCGUGAUUAUUUUUUUGGCAUAUCUAGGUCUCAACGAUUUCAUUUGUUUGUGUGCUCCAAAUUUGGGAAUGAGUGUUGAUUCAAUUUUAAUCAAGUCAUAAGCAUGUGUUCGUUUUGGUUACUUGUCCCUUCGUUGCAUUGACUUUUGUAGUCUUCAAAGUGGAUGCAACGGAACAAAUUUGCUUAGUUAGUUCUAUUGGAACAACAUAACAAGGUAGCACUUAUUUCAUUUUAUUUUUCUUUUGGAUCAUUCCUCAACCAUCAUCGGGUUGAAUUGUGGAAUAUGUGGGAGCCUUGAAGCUUCAGUGGGAUAUAUAUUUUGCAGCACACCA